AUGAGUUUAGGAUCUCUAGAAAGAGUUGUUCCAACUCCUAUAGAGGACCCGGAGGAGCUCGGGUGUGAGUCUGGGCCGUUAUCGUCUUCUAUCAACGGCGCAAGCGUAUACCUGUGGACUUCAUUACUUCGAGAUGUUCAAAGAUUAACUGCUUAUGGAGUAGUAUCAUUUGCCACUAUCCAUUGGGCCUCGGUAGGCUUGCUUCCUGCGGUGGCCCCAAGGCAUGUGGCCCAACAAGUGUUUGAAAUGGCCAGAUCUUUAUAUUUGAAUGACGUUGGUGAUAUCCUUCUUGGUGUAAGUAUUGUAGGGCAUAUUACCCUGGGUGUUGCCAUUCGAAUCACUCGGUCAAUAUUUAGUAAGAAUAACAAGUCUUCUACGGCGGCUAAGUCAAACUCAACUCCAGUUCAUGAAUCGGAAUCAGCAAUUGGUCUAGGAGGAAUAGGUUCUUUAAUUGGGUUGGGGUAUAAAAGAAGUUGGAUAUCAACUGUGGUGCCUCUGUUAAACCCCAUUUCGCUAAGUGGAUAUCUUACCAUCAUUCCUCUUGCUUAUCAUGUCUAUAAGUUCCGGUUGGUGCCUAUAUUGGUUGAUGGUGACUCCAAUAUGAUUAGUUUGGAUUAUGUAAGCUAUUACAUGGGUCUGUGGUUGAAUUGGAGUAUGUUAAUUGGACUUGGUUUAAUAGGCAGUUAUCAUUUGGUUAGUGGAGGACUUUGGAUGCAACGGAAAUAUGGAGCUGCAUGGAAGAGAUUUGGUUAUGGAGUCUUAUUCACUGUCUUAUCAUUGGGUACCGUUCUGAUAUCAAGAUUACGGAAGAUUGAAGAUACCAGUGGGUUUAUUUCAAAGACAUUUACUUCCUAUUUAAGUUACUAG